ACUGCUGAAGACGACGGUGCAAGCUAACUCGUUCCAGUAACUGAACAGUUUGUUUUUUCACCGAGAGUUGCAGAUUACCUGUGCUAAAGUUCGAAAAUGGUAUCAAUGGGACUGCAGAUUCUGGGCAUCGCCCUGUGCGUGAUCGGGUGGCUGGGAGCCAUCAUAACCUGCGUCCUUCCCAUGUGGAGAGUGACCGCUUUCAUCGGAAACAACAUCGUGGUGGCGCAGAUCAUCUGGGAAGGUCUUUGGAUGAACUGUAUUGUUCAGAGCACCGGGCAGAUGCAAUGCAAGGUGUACGACUCUCUCUUGGCGCUCUCUCAAGAUCUCCAGGCUUCCAGAGCUCUGACCGUCAUUGCCAUUGUGGUGGGAGUCCUGGGCAUCCUCAUCUCCAUCGUGGGAGGGAAAUGCACCAACUGCAUAGAAAACGAGGUAACCAAGGCCAAGGUCACCAUUAUUGCGGGAAUUAUCUUCAUCCUGGCUGGAUUGUUGACCCUGAUCCCAGUCUCCUGGUCAGCGAACACCAUCAUCAAGGAUUUCUACAACCCGCUGGUGACCGACGCCCAGAGGAGAGAACUUGGUGCCUCCUUGUACAUCGGAUGGGGCACGUCGGGUCUGAUGCUUCUCGGAGGAGCUCUGCUCUGUUGCUCUUGCCCCCCGAAAGAAGACAACUACACUGCGAAGUAUUCUGCAGCCAAGUCAACUGCUAGCAGGAACUACGUGUACCCCAAUGAUGCUUCUCCACUUCAAGCAGCCAGAAGCCGAGGAGUCAAUGUGGAUGUUGCAUUUUCUCAAGGAGGCUUCGAGUGCAUCCUGGAAUGUGCUGUCUACCUGAGUUCGAGCAUGGCAUCAAUGGGACUGCAGAUUCUGGGCAUCGCCCUGUGUGUGUUCGGGUGGCUGGGAGCACUUCUCACCUGCGUCCUUCCCAUGUGGAGAGUGACCGCUUUCAUCGGAAACAACAUCGUGGUGGCGCAGAUCAUCUGGGAAGGUCUUUGGAUGAACUGUAUUGUUCAGAGCACCGGGCAGAUGCAAUGCAAGGUGUACGACUCUCUCUUGGCGCUCUCUCAAGAUCUCCAGGCUUCCAGAGCUCUGACCGUUAUCUCCCUUGUGGUGGGAGUCAUGGGCAUCCUCAUCUCCAUCGUGGGAGGGAAAUGCACCAACUGCAUAGAAAACGAGGCAACGAAGGCCAAGGUCACCAUUAUUGCGGGAAUUAUCUUCAUCCUGGCUGGAGUGUUGACCCUGAUCCCAGUCUCCUGGUCAGCGAACACCAUCAUCAAGGAUUUCUACAACCCGCUUGUGACCGACGCCCAGAGGAGAGAACUUGGUGCCUCCUUGUACAUCGGAUGGGGCACGUCGGGUCUGCUGAUCCUCGGAGGAGCUCUGCUCUGCUGUUCUUGCCCCCCAAAAGAAGAUAACUCCUACGCCGCAAAGUAUUCUGCACCAAGGUCUACUACGAGCAAGAACUAUGUGUGACUUGGAAAGGGUUAAAAGUGAACAAGAUUCUCGCGCUAAGUUCGCAUUAAAUUUGUGUAUUUUCUACACGGUUUCCUAAUUGAGGAAAUAAGUCAAUUUACUGUAAAGCGUUAAAGUAAUUAGCGAUGUUUUCUUAAUCUAGCCACUACUGUUAAACCGUAGUUUGAAUUUUCAAUUAACGUUCUUAAUAAGGGGUGAAUUUGAAUCUGCACUUGCGCGCAACGUAACUUCAGGUGCAACGAAUUUUAAGUUAACAAGAAUCUGAUUAUAAAGGAAUUGGUGAAAGAAAGAUAUUUUAAUGGAGUUCAGAUUUUGUAAAAUGCUUAGUAGUGAUGAUAUGUUUUAUUGCAACGAAAAUGUGUUGAUAGUUAAAGAGAGAACUUCCAAAGUGAAAUCCCACUUGAUAUGUACCUGUCCGCAGUGGCGUGUGGAUUGGAAACGCCCGCCGCCAUUUCGUACAGUGAAAAGGUGGAGCUUGGAAGCUGUAAAAUGGGUCUCUUUCCUACCAAAGCAGUUCAGCCCUUUGAAAGUGUGUUAAAACUACCUUGUAUUCAUUUUGCAAUCAUGUGAUUGAAGUUAUAGCUUUAUUUUUAAUCUUUUUUUAGAACUACUUGUUAAAGAUUGUAUUAACUUUUUCCUAUGCCUUUUGGACACUUUCUUGAGUACUUAGGGGGCAGUAAACAUUGUAAAUCACAAGGUCCAAAAUAAAAUCCAAAUUACACAUCC